AUGAAGUCAAGAACAAUAUAUUUGAUAGGGAUUCUGCUUCUAGUUUUGCUUUGUUUAAAGGAAGGCCAUGCAAAAGAAAAAGAUGAUGAUGAUGAGAACAAUAAAAAUAAAAAUAAAAAUACGAAUAAGAAAGGAGUAACAUCCGAUGGAACUUCGUUGAUUAUAAAUGGAAAAAGAGAGUUAUUAUACUCUGGCUCUGUUCAUUACCCUCGAAGCACACCUGAUAUGUGGCCUAGUAUAAUCGAGAAAGCUAGAAUUGGGAGACUAAACACCAUCCAAACUUAUGUUUUCUGGAAUGUGCAUGAGCCUGAACAAGGAAAGUGGGAUUUCAAAGGGAGGUUCGAUCUGGUGAAGUUCAUCAAGCUGAUCCAUGAUAAAGGUCUCUAUGUUACUAUCAGACUUGGACCCUUUAUCCAAGCCGAAUGGAACCACGGAGGGUUGCCGUACUGGCUACGAGAGGUCCCGGAUGUUUACUUCCGUACAGAUAAUGAACCUUUCAAGGAGCAUACAGAGAGAUAUGUGAGGAAAAUACUUGGGAUAUUGAAAGAAGAGAAGCUGUUUGCUUCACAAGGAGGUCCCAUCAUCUUAGGACAGAUAGAGAACGAGUACAAUGCGGUAAAGCUAGCAUACAAGGAGAAUGGAGAGAGAUAUAUAAGAUGGGCAGCGAAUUUGGUGGAGUCGAUGAACCUGGGAAUCCCAUGGGUUAUGUGCAAACAAGACGAUGCUCCUGGUAAUAUGAUUAAUGCUUGUAAUGGAAGGCAUUGUGGUGACACUUACCCGGGACCAAACAGACCCGAUAAGCCUUCCUUAUGGACCGAGAACUGGACUACUCAGUACGUAUGCAUGCAUGCUUUUCAGCUAAUCACUCAUCAACUCAAACUAAAUAAUCUUGUUUCUUACAGGUUUCGAGUUUUUGGGGAUCCUCCAUCAAAUAGAAGAGUGGAAGACAUCGCAUAUGCGGUUGCUAGAUUCUUCUCUAAGAAUGGAUCUCAUGUCAACUACUACAUGUACCAUGGUGGAACAAACUUCGGACGCACGUCUGCUCAUUUCGUUACCACUCGUUAUUACGACGAUGGCCCACUUGAUGAAUACGGUUUGGAGAAGGAGCCCAAAUACGGUCACCUGAAACAUGUGCACAGAGCACUUGAAUUGUGCAAGAAGGCACUUUUGUGGGGUCGCUCUCGUUCCCAGAGACUUGGUCCGGACACCGAGGUUAGGUACUACGAGCAGCCAGGGACAAAGGUGUGUGCUGCUUUCUUAGCGAACAACAACUCAAGAGAACCCAAUACAGUCAAAUUCAAAGGUCAGAGUUACGUUUUACCGUCUCGUUCCAUCAGCAUCUUACCUGACUGUAAAACCGUCGUCUACAACACUGCUCAGAUAGUGGCGCAACACAGUUGGAGAAAUUUUAUAAAAUCGGAGAAGAGUAGCAAAAAUCUAAAGUUUGACAUGUAUAGUGAGAAUGUUCCUUCAAAACUGGAAGGAGAUAAAUUGAUUCCUGGGGAGCUUUAUUACUUAACCAAGGACAAAACUGAUUAUGCUUGGUACACCACCAGCGUAAAGAUUGACGAAAAGGACUUACCAGACAAAAAAGGUGUUAAGACGAUACUGAGAGUAGCGAGUCUUGGUCACGCGGCUAUCGUUUACGUUAAUGGAGAAUACGAAGGGAAUAAACAUGGAAGCCAUGAAAUGAAGAGCUUCGUUUUCAAAAAAGCCAUUAAACUUAAACCCGGAGAGAACCACAUUUCAAUCUUGGGUGUACUUACCGGAUUCCCUGAUAGUGGAUCAUACAUGGAGAAGAGGUUUGCGGGUCCACGUGGCGCUUCCAUCAUCGGUUUGAAGUCAGGAGAGCGUGAUUUAACCGAGAACAAUCACUGGGGACAUCUGGCCGGUUUAGAAGGUGAAAAGAAAGAGGUGUACACAGAAAAAGGAUCCAUGAAAGUCAAUUGGGUGAAAAACGGUGAACGCAAGCCUCUUACGUGGUACAAGACAUACUUUGAGACACCAGAGGGAGAUAACACGGUUGCGAUAAGGAUGAAGGGAAUGGGAAAAGGAAUGAUUUGGGUGAAUGGGAUUGGGAUAGGCAGAUACUGGAUGUCUUUCCUUUCUCCUCUUGGCCAGCCUACUCAAUCCGAGUAUCAUAUACCAAGAACUUUUAUGAAGGAGAAGGAGAAGAAUUUUCUUGUCAUUUUUGAAGAAGAACCACGUGUGAAACUUGAAUCUAUUGAUUUCGUUUUAGUGAACAGAGACACGAUUUGUAGUUUUGUGGAAGAGAAGUAUCCAGCAUCCGUUAAAUAUUGGAAGAGGGAAGGGCCUAACAUAGUUUCAAGAAACAAAGAUAUGAGGUUGAAGUCACUCAUCAAGUGUCCACAGGGGAAACUGAUUGUAGCCGUAGAAUUUGCAAGUUUUGGAGAUCCCACAGGAACUUGUGGAAACUUCACAAUGGGAAAGUGUUCUGCAUCCAAGUCCAAAGAGGUGGUGGAAAAGAAAUGUUUGGGAAAGAGUCGUUGUUCGAUAGUAGUAGGAAAAGAGACAUUUCAAGACAAAAAGUGUCCAGAGAUAGUUAAGACGCUGGCUGUGCAAGUCAAGUGUGAGAAAAGACAAGGACAAGAUCCGAAAAAGAAGAAAGAAGAGGCACAAGAGGAAGACGAUGAUGAUGAUGUUGAUGAAAAGGAAAAGGAGGGAAAGAAUCAAAGAUAG